CUGUCGAGUUCAGAGGAUUCCUCUCCAGACUGAAGUGUUCAACCCUGCUGCUUUACCUGCUGUCUGAACCAAACCAGUUCUUCAGGCCUUGGUCCAGUCAUGGCGUCCACCAGGUGGUCUGCUUCCGUGCUGCUGGCUUCACUGAUCCUCCUCUACUGGACGACCUCUUCUGCUUGGUCACAUAACCCUCACAACCCCACCACCCUCUACAGGACCAGGAGAGACCUGGACCCGGGCACUCGAGACAAAGUAGAAAAAAGCCUGGAAACUGUGAAAGACUCUUUGGCUCUGUUUAAAGAUGUGAUGGAAAAGAUUGACACAACUAAGUUGACUGGUUUGAUGAAGGGCAUUGCCAGCUUUGCCAGCGUGGCGCCUGGCAUUGGUGCUGUGGUCUCCUCUUUCAUCAACAUGGUCUUGAUCUUCAUUCCUCAGGAGGACGUGGUGUUGACGGAGGUGAAACUAGGGUUUGCCGAGGUAAACAGGAAGCUGGACUCCCUGUCCAUACAGAUCGCCAACCUGGCGACAGACGUGGAAUGGUUCAACUACGCUAGUGUCUACUCUCAAGACGAACUCCGCAUCCUAAAUGCCUGGAGGAAGUUUGAUGAGUUUUUUAAUAAGGCCGGGGUUAACGACUAUAACCAACUCGCAGAGUUAUUUACCAACUAUUAUGAGUACACACAGGCAGAGGCCAGUGUGUCCAACCUUUAUCAUUACUUGACGGUCAAGAGCACGUCUCUCAGCAGAAACCUCAACAACCUGCUGAUGAGAAAAUUUAAAUGUAGCAUUAGUGAGAUCGGAAAGUAUAACUUAUACUUCAGUAGUUUGCUGUGGAAGGGGAUAGUGCUCAACGAGGUUUAUUGGAAAUUAAUUGGCUUUGACUCAACGGGCAAAGUAGUUGAACAUGCGCAGAUGUUCAAAAACGUAUACGAAGCUCAACGGGCAGCUGUGGAGACUUGCCUGAACAACCUCACGCAAUACGUGACGGACGACGCAGAGGAGAUCGCCAAAAAGCUUAGUCCUGACAAGACAGCCAUCGCUAAUGAGAUAAAAAAGAAACUGGACGCGAAGUACAACUGGUACAACUGGGUGGUUCUUGUGUAUGAUGAAGCUCAAAAUUCAAAUCACAUCCUGUUUGAUGUGAUUAAGAUUCCCAUAGACGGGAUCACUGUGGCUGUGGCUUACACUGCAAAAGGACAAAACAUAGAUCAAACAGGAAUUAAAGAGACAGCCAAAAGGUGCUUUGAGAAUCAGCCGUGUCAACUGGAGACCAGGUUACAAGUCUGCAGGUACACCUGGAGCACUCCUCAAGUGGGUCCUGGCUCUGUAGCUUUUACAGAACAAGCCAAAGUAACACAAGUAGCUGCUAGAGAAGAUUUUGUUGAGCUUCCAGUAGCGUCUUUCCGAGUUGAUUGUACAUGGGGUUACUCAACAAGUAAGAUUUCCAUACAUUACUCUUGGAAGAUGCUCGUCUGCACUCCUCACACAUGUAGUAACGGACAGUGUAAGAGGCUGCUCGACUCCAACGAAUGGCUAUGUGAGUGUCAGGAUGGUUAUUACGGAGACCGGUGUGAGAAGAAAAUAGACUCAAACUUGGCUGAACAGUUGAGACAAUCUCUUCCUCAGCGGUCCAUCACCACCACACAUGGAAAACUGAAAAGCAUCGAGUCCAAACUGGAUCAGAUCAUGAGUAGAUGUCAGACUUCUUAGCAGAAUUACACAGAAGGUUGACUUACCAGACUCAAUCAUGAUGCUAUCGAGAUUUAAAGGGGACUUUGGAUGCAUACAUUUAGAGGGUGGGCAUCCAAUGUCCACUUUAAAGGAGGAGAAGACUAGGCCGAGUCUAGACACCGGUGUCGAUGAUGAUGGGAAGAGGAAUGGAUUCUGAUGAGCUCGACCUGCGCCCCGGAUGAGAAGACUGGGGGUAGUUGGGGUGGAGGACUGAAAUCACAUCUGAAAUCGUAACGUUUGAAAGAUGAAACUUGUGAUUUGUCAUAAAUAUGUAGAGCAACGCUGAUGUUUUUGAUUUGAUGUUUUGAUUUAAAAAAGUGUUGUUUCCUGAUUUGCACCAAACCUGUAGGAGAACCAUGAAAGUAGCAGCGCCACCAUGUGACCCUUCUCUUCAUGCCUCUGUUAAAAUUGUUGUAAAUUUGCUGAGUCAAUAAAAAGUUGCUGAAUCU